UGCAGAUAGCAGCGAGUCGCCAGGCUAGGCGGAGGACAGGCAUUUCAAGCUUUACAGAUUUGGAAUUUGGAUCGCCAAAAUUAAAACCUCCAUCACAAUCAAAAAUGGAGGAAGAGAAAGCAGUUGCCUACUACGAUGAGCUCACCCGCAAAGGCGAAGGCGCCGCUAAGUUCAAGCAAGGCCUCGGCUUCUCUAGCAGCAAUGAUUCUGCUCCUUCUAAAGGCUCAGCUCUCCCUUCAUAUUCUUCUUUUCUUAGCAGUUUUGUCAAAUCCUCCAGCCCCUCUCAGACCUCAAAUUUCGAAAAGCAAGCGCAGCUCGAGUCCAUUCAAAACAAGCUCAAGAAGAAACCGAGGGAUGACUCAUCGUCUAGGGUUUCCGAAAUAAGCAGCAGAGAAUCGAGCCGUAGGCAUCGUUCCAGAAGUAGAGAGAGGGAUAGAGAAAGGGACAGGGACAGGGAGAGGCAUCACAGGAGGCGAAGUAGGAGCAGAAGCAGAGAGAGAUAUAGAGAAAGGGAUAGAGAUAGGAGAAGAAGGAGCAGAAGCAGGAGUAAGAGUCGGAGCGCGUCCCCACGGCGGGACAGGAGAUGGAAGAGAAGAAAUCGCAGUCGGAGCUUAUCAUCUAGAGGACGGAGGAGGUCAGACAAGAGCAGGAGUAAUGAUGUGGAGAGGGAGAGAGCAGGAAAUGAGAGGAACGGGAGCGUUGAUUAUUCACAGUUGAUUCAAGGCUAUGAAAAAAUGACACCAUCUGAAAGAGUCAAAGCCAGGAUGAAACUUCAGCUUGAUGAAACUGCUGAAAAAGAUACAGCAAAGGGCAUGGGCUCUGGUUGGGAGCGAUUUGAGUUCAACAAGGAUGCCCCACUUGAUGAUGAGGAAAUUGAAGCUGCAGAAGAUGAUGCAGGACUAGUCAAACACAUUGGCCAGAGUUUCAGAUUUUCUGCUGUGGAGGCAAGGAAGGAGGAGACAAUUAAAGCUGCUCAUGAUGAGGCCAUGUUUGGAGCGCCAGUGCUUCCAGGAUCCAUGAUUUCAGACAGCGAGCCAGAGGCAGAAAACAAUGAAAAAGAGAGCAACAAAACUGAAGUCACUAAAGGCCUUUUAAGCGAGAAGGUUCUUGCAAAGCAACAAGGUUCUUGGCGUGAACGUGCUCGUAAAGCAUAGUUAGAUCAUGAAGUUUGAUUGGGAGGUGACUCUGCUUGUAAUGGAUCAAGAAGCUGAUGGGUGAUGAGGCCUGGGUGUAAGAAAAGGAAUUGUCAAUUGUUGCUGCUCUUACUCUAGUGUUGCAUUUGAUAGGUGAAAGUCUGUUUCCCAGAAUUUAAUGGGACCAACAAUUUCUGCACCUUGUUUCAUAAUAUCCAUGAAAUUCUGCAAAGCGAGGAUUAGGAAAGUAUAGUGAAGCUUUUUUUAAUUUUGAUAAUGAAUGCUAAUAUGGGGUUUUACGACUUGGAGCACAGAACACAAAUUUUUAAUGUAUAUGUGUGGAAAAGAGAGGCAACAGCUCCAAUCAUUUUGCGAUGAUUCUUA